ACGGUUUCCAAGCAGCCGCAGCAGCAGCAGACGACGGGAAUGGAUGGGUUGCGCGUUGUGGGGAGCGCUGGAGGGUCGAAAGGUGGAGGCGGCAGCGGCGAUGGAAGUAAGACAGCAGCCUCCAGACCACCACAACAACCACAGCAACAACAGCAGCAGCAAAAGCAUGGUAGUGGUGGUGAGAGCGGCCACAUCAUCACGGCUGUUGAUCCUCAGCAACAAGAGGCGGCAGACGUGCCUGGGCCACUGCCAGCCAUCGAAGGUGACGUGGUGUCCAGGCCAGCGACGGUAAGCACACGGCCAGGGUCCAUGAGGGAGCUGCACAGAUCAUACGACGCUCGCAUGCGCGCGCUGUUGGAUGACACUGAAGGCACAGGCCAGGGCGGCGCAAGAAACGGAGAUGACAAUCUGCUGUCACGAAACGUGGGGACGCCGCCUGAGGUUACCAACCCGUUUGACCUCCCGGAGUUUGCAUUCACCGCUGAAGAGCUGCAGCCAAGCGGAGAUGAGGAGGAAGAGGACGACAACGUGGACUCGGCAACGGCAGUCGGUAGCGGUGCCCCUGCCCUUGCAACCAGCCCUGAGCCCAGCCUUGGCAUGCAGCAAGGCGAACAAGCAGCAACAGCAGAGGCAACGAGUGGUGGCGACGGAACUGGCGACCAGAGCUCAUCUCCGGAUGCAACAGACGUCAUAUCACCACUACCACUGAGCGAUGAUGCAGUGCCGACAUACACGAGCACAGCUCGAGCGACUGGUGGUGGCGCCAUGCUUCAACCCGCCUCCCUGCCAGACGCAUCAUCCCCAGCAGGGAAUCAUCAGCAGCCGCUGCUACGGCAACCCACAUCGGCGGACGCUGAUACCACCACCACACUGCCCCAUAUUGUCAGCGUGGUGGGCACGCCAGCGGGGCGUCCACACACGGGCAUGUCCACGCCACCGACGGGAAUGCGUGACGGGUUUUCACUGACAGGGACCGCUGUCAAGAGGAGUGCGGCACCGCCAGCCAUCAGGGUUGAUGGGAGCGAUAGUGAAGACAGCGAUGGCGAAGGCGGCGAUCCCACUCCGCGUGAACGCCCGCCACGCACCCCCUCCACUCCACAGCCAUUUGCUCUGCAGAGGGAGUUGACACGGUCUGGCCUCAGCGCUGUCCUCGCCCCACCGGCACGCAACACCAGCACCAGCAGUCCGCCCAAGUCCCCACAGACAAUGCACGUGUUCUGCAUGAAGGAGGCUGUGGGCAUGGGCGUGUCGCCGUCGUUUGCGUCAUUGCAUCUCGGCAGGGACGAUGUUGCGUCGUCGCAUGCGCCCGUCCUGAAGACCAUCACGCUGCCCGUCACCAACCUCGACCUCAACAUUGGUGAUGGCGCUCUCCGCCCCGUGAAACAGAGCCAGCCGCCGUUUGCGCCACAGAAACCCGCAGACACAACAGGAAGGAAGGGAUUCAACUCAACGUUCCGCCAACGAGGGCUGAAGACGAGAGGUGUUGCGCGCUCGAAGGACCAGCACUUGCCUGCGGAGGUGGUGCGGACCGUUGCUCCGGUCUUCAUGGGCAGGAUGGGCGCCCUCGAGCCCGAAAUCGACGACAGCACGUGGGCGGGACAGCUCCCGGGAUCCUCGCUCCUCACAGCCACACAGACGCUUGGCCGUUCGUCUGGUUCGUCGCUGCUGUCGGUGGCGCGCUCGUCAUCGGAUGCUCUCAGCGACAAACACACGCGGGUUGUGGACCGCGAGUCCAAGUCGCGUCUGGAGGCGGUUCGCUCCAUGCUGGAGAGGAGCCGAUCGCGGACAACGGCAGCAUCGGACCAGACAUCCACUUCGCCGCCGCAGCACAGCAGCAGCAGCGCAGCGAAAAACCCGGACACGACCACCGGCGGUGAUGCUGAUGAGUCAUUGGAGGACGAGCGUUCCGCCCGCGUCACAACGCCAACACCGACAAAGCGGGAAUCAAACACAGACGUGAAUGCAGACAAGAUUGCUGCCAGUGUUCGGCAGACAAAGGAGUUUUAUGCCACGCUCGCCUUUAUCGAGAAGACGUCGAAGCAACGCGACCUCCUCCAGUCCGGCGCUGAUCCAGAGGAGACGGAGGAGGAAGCUACACUGCGGAAAGAGCACGAAGCUUUAAUGGCAAAAUACAUGCAGGCGCAGUCUGAGAACAGUCCGUCAGAGGAGGAGCAGACAACCCUACUCAUCAAGCUCGGAGAGACGUCGCUUCACCUUGCGCGACCGGAUGCGGCUCUCGGUUUCCUGCAGGGCGCCGUCAGCCAGAGCCCAAGAAAUGUCCACGCGCGCUGGCUGCUGUUUAUGGCAUACGCAAUUGUGGGCAACACCCACUCUGGACUUGAGGUGAUUGACCAGUGCAUUCGCCUGCAGCCCGAGUAUCGCUUUUACCGCGCACGCGCACAUCUGUUGAAGGACACGACGGGCAAGGAGACAGACACCAUCUCCGCACUGCAGAUGGCCAUCAUCUACAAUGGGCAGGACGCCGACGCGUACUACAUGAAGGCCAUGCUUGAAGAGGAGCAUGGAGACAUGCAGCAGGCGGCAUCUGAUCUUCUGAUGGUGCUUGAGAUUGAUCCAGACCACCUCAUGGCCCGCCGCAAGUAUGCGGAGGUGCUGUUUAACAGGGGCAGCUACCGCCAGAGCAUCAAGCACCUCACCGCUCUCAUUGUGGCCAUGCCUUACGACUCCCACCUCUACUUCCAGCGCGCAAUGGCAAACUCACACAGCGGCGACCACGUGUCAGCGCUGCGUGACAUCACGCAAUGCAUCCAUCUCGAACCGAACAACAAGCGCGCGUACUUCAACCGCGCGCUCAUGCUCUCCAGGGCACACCCGCGCCGCGCCAUCAAGGACCUGAGCAUUGCGCUGCUCAUUGAUGCGAGUCACGAGCUCUCCACCGAGGCGUACCUGCGUCGCGGUAUGCUGUACGCGAUGCUGUUCCAGCACAAGGAGGCCCUGCCUGAUCUGCUCGCCUGUCUCGCCAGUGAAGAGUUGCAAUGCCUCAAACUUGGCCAUCCCACAAAGACUCUCGUCGCAGUGCUGUGCCAACUCGGGCUGCUGAAUCUGCGGCAGCUGGGCAAGUAUGCGACUGCCAUCAAGUACUUUACCAAAGCGCUGGGCGCUGACCCGAGCUGUGAAGAUGCCAUCCUCGCCCGUGCAGAGUGCUACCUUGAACUCGACAAGCAGAGCAGGGCAUUCGAGACAGACUAUUCUGACCAGACCCUCUUUCGAGCGUUGCACGACUAUGCACGGUUGAUCCACAUUGCCCCCACCAACAUCAAAUACAGGCUGUUGUGUGGCCGCCUUGCCCUUCGCCUGGGCCUUGCGCGCCAGGCAGAGGCGAUGCUGAGCGGUGCGCGGCGCCUGUGCGACCAUCUUGGCCAGACGCCCUCGCUGCAGACCGACGUCGAUAUUUUCCUGGGCCACCGGGACGAGGCAAUUGCGGUGCUGUGCAGGACGGUGUGGCCGAGCAGCGGCAAUACUGCAGCCAUCACCAACGUCACCGAGCACUUGGCUGACAACCGCGUCGAAGGAGGGAUUGUCGAGACGUACUUUCCUGCGCUGGGUCGGGCGCUGCUCAAAUCAAAUCGCGUGCAAGAGGCCGUCAGCGUCUUCCAGCACAUGGUUGAAGUCGGUGCUGAAAGUGCGGAUGUGUACUACAACCUCGGCCUGUGCUGCCUCAAGCUUGGCGACGACAAACUCGCGCUCAACGUGUUUAACCAAGCCGUGUCGAUGGAUAACACACACUCGCUCGCCCUGUUUGAGCGGGCCAAGUGCAAACUGAAGCUCGGCCUGCCGCGCGUGCUGCCUGACGUGAAUCGAGCACUGGAGAAAGACCCGUCCCUGUGGCAAGGGUUCCUGACGCGCGCUGCCUACUUUGCAGGACAGUCCAGGUUCCCAAAGGCCAUCCUCGAUUGCAACAACGCCCUCCGCAUUGAGCCCAGCAGCACACGUGCGCUCAUCAUGCGCGGGUGCCUGAAACUCCUCAACAAGACGCUUGAGCUUGGUGUACGCGAUCUGACGGACGCCACAGAGAGGGACCCAGGGAACCCGCUCGCAUUCUUCAACCGCGGUGUUGGGCACCACAUGCUCGGGCAGUACAACAACGCCGUCAGCGACUACAGUACCGUCCUCCUCUACGACAAGGGAGAAGGCUACCGGGAGCAAGUGCUGCUGAACAGGGCGCUUGCGUACAUGAGUAUGGGGUCAAAUCUCGCUGCGCUGUGCGAUUUGCUCGAGUUGUUGGAGCGCUCGCCAGAGAACGCGUCAAACCCGCUCCUGUUGCACACAACCGCCCUGUGCUUCUACAGAAACCGGGACUAUCUCAACUCAAUCGAGUACUACAGCCGCGCCAUCGACCUCGACCAUCACUUUGUGCAAGCGUAUCUUGGGCGCGGCAAUGCGUUGCUGGACAUGAACACGGAGCGGUCACGUCGCCUGUCCAAACGCGACUUCCUCCGCGCCAUCCACAUCGAUCCACGCUUCACCCCCGCAUACCACAACCUCGCAGUCAGCAUGCAAACCUCUGGCCACCUGAAGCAGGCGUAUGUGGUGCUUUCGCACGCCAUCACGUGGGCGCCGCAUAACAGCGUGCUGCUCGAGGCCCGCGCUGUUGUUUCUCUGCAGGUGCAGCAGCUUGGCGAUGCGUUUCGAGACCUGUCUCACGCCAUCUCCGUCCACCCAACAGCGAAACUGUACAACGCGCGCGGUGUUGUGCUGCUUUACUCAAAGCAGGGUCGCCCGGCUGUGGAGGACUUCCGGGCCGCCAUUGCCGCAGACGCAACAUAUGUGCUCGCAUACUACAACCUGGCAAACGUGCUGCUGGCCAAGCGACAGCUGCGGCAGGCACUUUCACUCUACGACAAGGCGUGCGAGCUGAGCGAGGAGGACGAUGAUGACUUGUUCAACAACCGUGGCAUCUGCAAGGCGAGCCUUGGGGAGAUGGCGGAUGCGCUUGAUGACUUUAAGCGGGCAGCCGCAACCCCACACUGCCACGAGGAUGUGCUUUUCAACCUCGCACUUGCCCACGAGAAGCUUGACAACUUGGAGGAGGCGAGCGCCGCAAUCGACAAGUACCUGGAGAGGGUGGACCGUGUGGACACGCUUGCACAGCGACUGCGGGCACACAUCCAGGCUGCCAUGCACGCCAAGGCGUCCAGCACUGGCUCUCUGCUGCCGUGA